CAUCUCUCCUGCAUCCGUCCGUCCGUCCUGUUACUACCUGGAACAAAAAAACAACAACAACCUGCUACAUCCUCUUCUUCUUGUACUUCUUCUUCUACACCUUCAUCAUCUUCUUCAUCACCUCCACCAUCAUCAUCAGCUGUGGACGGCCAUACAUGGACAUGGAGUAAGGACCGCCUGACGCCUCCUCCUCCUCCUCGCUCUCCAACACAGAGCUGCUGUAUCUCCUCCAUCGCCACCACUAAUGCCCCUCGGACAGAGAGACAGACAGAGAGACAGACAGACAGACACACAGAUAGACAGACAGACAGACAGACAGACAGAUACAGUAAGACAGAGGCAGAUAAAGGGAAGUUAGAGAGGCAGAAACAGCAGCAGAGGCAGAAGGAGCCAGAGAGGAAGAGGAAGAGGAAGGCUGCACAUCCAUAAUCUCCACUUAGAGGCCGCCCGGCCCGUUCUGUCUAUCUUGCAACUUCAGGAACCAUCAUCACAAUUUAAUAAGAAUUUGAAAGGCUGCGGCGCUGCAACAAAUCUGUCUUCAGAGGCAGAGAGGGCGGGCCGAGAGAGAGACAGACAGACAGACAGACAGACAGACAGACAGACAGACAGAGAGGUGGAGGCCAGACACAAAUCUUUUAACUCCUUCCUGCCUGGAUUUAUAUCUUGGUUUCUUUUGUUGAGGAGUCCCUGCAGAAAUAAAGCUGUGAUUAUUAUUUCACACAUGUUGAGCUGCUGUGAGACUCUGAGGCUCAGUUUCAUGUUUCCUACCUGGAGAAUCUGAGCUGUGAAGAGGAGCAUCUCGUUAUUUAGGACUGAGCGUUUCCUGUCGGCUGAAACUUUGUCACCUGGAGAUUAUUACUGCUCAGAGUUUCUGGGUUUUAAAGGAGCACCUAACAGGCCAGCUCUGCUUUUAUUUUGGCGGGCAACAGGAAGGACGUGAUAAACUCAUCAGAAUCAAAGACGGGCCACAUACCUGUCAGAUGCAUCGUCUUUCUCGCUCCUUUACGGCGUUUUUUUCAUGGCUUGACACCUAACUGCCAUCUGGCCCCUCCCUCUGCCCCUCCUCCCCCCAUCCUCCCCCGUCAACAUGUCCGCCCACCUCCGCUCUCGCCGCCACGACCACUCCAGGAAAUCAGGGCAGGACAAGAAGUGAGGAUUCAGUUGACUUACCUUCAUUAGCUCCACCGUCCAACCAGAGGACAGAACUCGACUCUCUACAGGUGGGACGCGCUGAUGCAAGAUGGCGGCCGGCGUGGCGACGUGGCUGCCGUUUGCACGGGCUGCGGCCGUGGGAUGGCUGCCGCUGGCCAAGAAGACGAUGCCCAAACCUCCCGUGGACAACUCGUCCAGAUCAGAUGAGAUCCUGUACGUCAACGUCAGCGGGGUCAGGUUUCAGACAUGGAAGAACACUUUGGAUCGAUAUCCAGAGACGCUGCUGGGCUCUUCAGAGAAGGAGUUUUUCUACAACGAGGACACGCAGGAAUAUUUCUUCGACCGAGACCCUGAAAUGUUCCGGCACAUUCUCAACUUCUACCGCACCGGGAAGCUCCACUACCCGCGCAACGAGUGCAUCCAGGCCUUCGACGAAGAACUGGCCUUCUACGGUAUCGUGCCAGAGAUCAUCGGAGACUGCUGCAUGGAGGAAUACCGGGACAGGAAAAAGGAGAACCAGGAGCGUCUGGCGGAGGACACGGAGGCCAACGAGGCGAUGGACGCCCCCCUUCCUCCACACAGCACCUCCAGGGAACGUCUGUGGCGAGCCUUCGAGAACCCCCACACCUCCACCAUGGCGCUGGUCUUCUACUACGUCACCGGCUUCUUCAUCGCCGUCUCCGUCAUCGCCAACGUGGUGGAGACGGUCCCCUGCCGGCCCCCCAAAGGCAGCGUCAAAGACCUUCCCUGCGGGGAGAAGUACCAGCUGGCCUUCUUCUGCAUGGACACGGCCUGCGUGCUCAUCUUCACCUUCGAGUACCUGAUGCGUCUGUUCGCCGCGCCCAGCCGCUGCAAGUUCAUGCGCUCGGUGAUGUCGGUGAUCGACGUGGUGGCCAUCAUGCCCUACUACAUCGGCCUGGUGAUGCCCGAGAACGAGGACGUGAGCGGCGCCUUCGUCACCCUCCGAGUCUUCCGCGUCUUUCGGAUCUUCAAGUUCUCACGUCACUCGCAGGGUUUGAGGAUUUUGGGCUACACGCUAAAGAGCUGCGCCUCCGAGCUCGGCUUCCUGCUCUUCUCCCUCACCAUGGCCAUCAUCAUCUUCGCCACCGUCAUGUUCUACGCCGAGAAGGGCACCAAGGGCUCCACCUUCACCUCCAUCCCGGCCUCCUUCUGGUACACCAUCGUCACCAUGACCACGCUCGGGUACGGUGACAUGGUUCCCAACACCAUAGCAGGGAAGAUCUUCGGCUCCAUCUGCUCUCUCAGCGGCGUGCUGGUGAUCGCCCUGCCGGUGCCCGUCAUCGUGUCCAACUUCAGCCGAAUCUACCACCAGAACCAGAGAGCGGACAAGAUGAGAGCGCAGCAGAAAGUGCGUUUGGCUCGGAUCCGCAUGGCGAAGAAAGGAACAGCCAACGCCUUCCUCCAGUACAAAGAAGACCGAGCCCUCGGGGACCGGGACAGCGACAGCACGGCUCUGUGUGUAAAGAACAGAUCAGCAUUUGAGCAUCAACACAACCACCUGCUGCACUGUCUGGAGAAGACCACGAACCACGAGUUCACUAACGAGAUGAACUACAGCGAGCUGUGUAUGACCGAAUCAGUGGGCUACAGGACCAGUCGCAGCACCUCCCUGUCCAGCCAGCAGGGGGCGCAGAAUAACUCCACUGGCUGCUGCCCCCGCCGGGCCAGGAGGAGAGCCGCCAUGCGACUGGCUAACUCCACGGUGUCCGUCAGUCGGGGGAGCGUCCAGGAGCUGGACACCCUGCACAUCAAGACCACCUCCAUACCGCCACAAACUCGUUCCAGUCUGAACGCCCAGAUGGGUGACCUGAAGCUGAACUGCGGAGAACAAGAUUUCACCGCUGCCAUCAUCAGCAUCCCCACGCCGCCCGCCAACACGCCUGACGAGAGCCUCCCUCCAUCGCCUGCCCCCAUCCCCGGCAUCCUGCGCAACACCCGGGCCACCGCCUACACCCAUGACACCGUCAAAAUCUCCUCCUUAUAACCUCCGACCUCCUCCGCGACCUCCUCCUCGACACCCACCCUGCCGCCCCGUCAGCCAACCUCCCCAUGAACUCUGAACUUCCUUUGAACUUCUGAUCCUGAACCCAGGGCACUGCUCGCUGAGACUUUGGGGACAAACACGACUCAGGUGGAAACUUUGAGUACCGCUGGUUGUUUUCGCUUCCUGUCAACAUCCUGUGAAUUUACAUGAGACGAACAGAG